AUGAUACUUCGACACAUUCGAAUCGUGACCGCAGCCGUUCUCGUUCACGCGAUCGCAGAGAACGUAGAGAACGCCGGAGACGAUCGCGGUCUGGAGAUCGUGAUCGUCACAGAAGACAUAGAAGUCGAUCCAGAAGACGUAGUAGAUCGAGGGAUAGGAAACGGUCAAGAAGUAGAAGUAAAGGACGCUCGCGAGAUCGCUCUCGAGAUCACUCGUCGCCGGUUGUUACUGCCUGAAGUUGCGUUAGCUGGAAUAGCUGGAGCGGAUGGAGUUCCAGGCAGUGAGAAUGCACUGACAGAAAGGAAGCGCGAGAGGAAGUCACGUUGGUCGGUGACUAAAAGUUUUGUACCAGGAAUGCCCACAAUUUUGCCGUCCAACUUGACGGACGAUCAGAGGACCGCAUAUCUUCGUGAGUAUUAUACAUAUUUUUUCUCAUUUCUUUGGUAAAA